AUUUAUUCCUUACAACAUUGUCUGAGUCUAAUACCUUGAAGUUUGAGAUAUGGGAAAAUUUGGAUGGAAACUUCUCUGUGAAAAGUGUAUUUGAGAAACCUAACAACUUGAUGGUGGUUGGACAGUCAGCAUUUGCAGACUUUGAUGGAGAUGGACACGUAGAUCACUUACUACCAGGCUGUGAAGAUAAAAACUGCCAGAAAAGCUCCAUAUAUUUAAUGAGAUCUGGAUCGAAACAGUGGGUUCCAGUUCUACAAGAUUUUAGCAAUAAGGGCACACUCUGGGGCUUUGUGCCAUUAGUGCUUGAAGAACGACCAACUGAGAUACCAAUUCCAAUCACGCUUCAUAUUGGAGACUACAACAUGGAUGGCUAUCCAGAUGCUCUUGCCAUACUAAAGAAUACAUCUGGAAGCAACCAACAGGCCUUCUUACUGGAGAAUGUCCCUUGUAAUAAUGCGAGCUGUGAGGAAGUGCAUCGGAUGUUUAGAGUUUACUGGGAGCUGACGGACCUAAACCUAAUCAAAGAUGCCAUGGUUGCCACCUUUUUUGACAUUUACGAAGAUGGUAUCUUGGACAUUGUAAUGCUAAGUAAAGGAUAUGCAAAGAAUGAUUUUACCAUUCAUACACUGAAAAAUAACUUUGAAGUGGAUGCUUAUUUUGUUAAAGUCAUUGCCCUUUGGAGUGAAUCAGCCUGGACCUUAUAUCAUGUAUACAACUGUAGAUGCAAAUGGAUAUCCGAAAAAUGGCUCAGCCGGCCAACUCAGCCAGUCAGCACAUUUAGCUCUCCAACUACCAUACAACGUACUCGGUUUGGGUCGAAGUGCAAAUUUUCUUGACCAUCUUUAUGUUGGUAUUCCGCGUCCAUUUGGAGAGACGUCUGUACGAAAACAAGAGUGGACUGCAAUCAUUCCAAAUUCCCAGCUAAUUGUCAUUCCCUACCCUCACAAUGUCCCUCGAAGUUGGAGUGCCAAACUUUAUCUUACACCAAGUAACAUCGUUCUACUCACUGCUAUUGCUCUCAUUGGUGUCUGUGUUUUCAUCUUGGCAAUAAUUGGCAUUUUACAUUGGCAAGAAAAGAAAGCAGAUGAUAGAGAAAAACGACAAGAAGCCCAUCGAUUUCAUUUUGAUGCUAUGUGACGUGGCUUUACAUGACGGAAUGACCAUUCAUCUGACUAGUUGAAACACUAAAUUUUGACUGAUAGGAAAUAGGGGAUUUUGAAUAUUAUUUAUGAAUGAUGCAUCCUUUGGUAAUUAUUGGAAAGUAUUAAAAUAAAUACAGUCUGAAUGUCUCACAAGGUCUUUUUUAAGCACUUUGUAUAUAGUCAUUUGGCUUCUUUAUUCAGUAGUACUGUGCAUUUUUGUUCCUUUGUGGAAUGUGUUGCAUGUAUUCUGGUAUACUCUGGUAUCUAUGCGUUUAUAAUCUUACACGAGUAAUGAUGAAAAACAAUGUGUAAAUAAAAAUAUUCAAAUGAGCAGGGGUUUUUAUUCCACUUGAAUUAGUCUUGCUUCUUAUUCUAAUAAUGCAAAUUAUAUUUUGGCAAUGAAUCACAAAUAAAAUUAUUAAAUCUUCACCUUCAUUCCACAGAUCAGGGUCUCCUGGUUGGAAUGCAGAACAGUGACUGUCUUUAGAAUCACAGUAAAACAGACUUGCCUAAACCUCCCAGCUCCACAGCGUACCAAGUAGUUAGUAACCUCUCAGUAAGGCUCAGUUGUAUUGAUAGGACAGGGUAGCAUACCUACUCACUUGAGUUAUUAUAAAUAUUAAAUGAGAUGAUAUAUGUGAAGUGUUUAGCUUAGUACACAGCACAAAGUACUCAAUAGCCAGCAGCUGUCAUUAUUACUGAUUUUUGUGAUUUUUAUUAGACUUCUACAGCUAAUUCUCAAAGUAUACAGAAUUGAUACAAUUUUAUUUUUAGGCAUGAGGAAUCAUAUUCUUUGGAAAACUGAAAUUCUUGGUGGCUCACAUCUUACAUAAAGAUUACUUGCUCAUAUUAACUAAAUAUUAUAUAAUUCCCCAAAAGUAAAUGCAUCCUAAAAAUUUUCAUUUGAAAACUAGUCCUUGUUGUGAUAAUGAAGAGAAUUUCAUUUCUUAAAAGGACAGCAGUAUCCUAUAGCACCAUUUGAGAAUGCAAAUCUUGAAUCACAUUUCUACUCUCAAAGGCUUGGAAUCCUAAAAAGUCUAUAAUUUACAUUCAGACCUCAAUGCCAAUUUUAUAUUGUCAACUUCACAUUGCCAAAAUUUACUUUAAAAAGACUGAACUCUAAGAUUUAGAAAAAAUAUUUACAUAUCAAGGCUAAUGAUUUUCUAAUGACUGGAGCAUGCAAAGGCUUCUAAAGUACAGAAAUGUUAAUGAAAACAAUUUUGUUCGUGUUCCUUUUUUCUUUACAGUUCACUGAGAGUGGCAUAUAUUUAAUUAGUUUUUUAAUUACUUUUAAUUAAGCAUGUUAAUAUGUCUUAAUAAAUACUCU